AUGGACAGAGAGCAGCGCGUUAACGGAGCGCGCCUCGUCGGAGAGCACGCUCAUGGAUUGGACGAUGUGGAUCGUGGUCCCGCCUACAACUUCGACCUCCAGUUUCGUGGGGGGCUCACCGCACCAGGAGCGCCGCCUGAGUCGUCAGCGCGAGGCGCUAAAAACAAACUUAUCGCUGGCCAGUGCUCGUACGCAACGUGGGUGGAACGCUUACGUGUACUGCGAGAGAUGCGCGAGGACGUCUUGCACGAGCCUGCCUUGCAGCACAUGAUGAACGGUUUGGAUGCCUGCAUCGGUGCGCUCGCCAGUGUAGUGGGCACUCCUGUCACGCGAGAACCUCCGCGGAUUCCAAACAGUUAUGACAUUCCCGCACAAUCAGGCAGCGUAACUGAUCGUGCCGUGAACUAUCCUAGCGUGACAACAGAUCCAAUGGAGUCGAUCUAUAAACCGGCCCCCCUGAGCGCCCGCUGCACUCCAGUGGCGGCACCUUUCGAGGAGCAGGCCUUGCCGGGGCACCAAAGCUACACGAUGGACGAUUUGAUUGGCUCACUCGAUAACAUAGAGGUGUCGACGGCCGACGAUGAGAUACCGCCGGCCUUGCGGCUCGAGGCAAAUGCAGCAGCGGCAUAUUUCGACGACGCCAUGGUUUCGAAGCUAUAUUCCCGUCGUUGGAUGCGGCGCUUCGAAGCGGUGGGCGACAUUGUGGCACUAGUCGACAGCGACGAGAUACUGGCGACGAACGACGAUAGCAUCCAGAGGGCUGUCGGAGGCAUAUACUGCGCUUUGGCGCGGCUGUUUAGGGACCAUGCACUGAAGGUGCUCAUAAAAUCGCUUGAGCUGCUGGAUUCAUUCUUCGGCUUUAUGGAGCGCCACGGCUGCUCUGUGGCCAGCAGUGCGCGUUGCGCCACCGAACGCGGAGACGCGCCCCGCUCCAAAACAGAACGCGGCGCUGCGGUUAGUGGCGGAGCGGAGUUCCUGGAAGCGCUCAUCGCCCGACUGGGAGACCCCGUCUCAGCGGUGGUCAACUGCGCGGUAUGCGCGUUGCUCAAGGUCGCCGAGUCCAACACCAUCCCUACGUACGAGGAUAUUGUGAACUGCCUAAUCAGGUCGCUGGGCGGCUACAACUCGCAGCCGGGGGCCCGCUCAAUCUGCAACCGCCUGAGGCUUGUAUCGACGUUGUUGCUCAGGGCGCAUCUCUACAACUCUCACGGAGUUGCAAGGCUCGCCGUGAAACAGGCGCCUUUCUUCGAAACCGUAGGCGCCCUUUGCAGGCAUUCGCACGGAUCGGUGCGCGCGGUGGCCGUAGAAGUCCUGGCCAUUGGAACGAAAAUCUACUUCAGCGGCGCGACGCCGAAUCUCGACCCGGUCAUUUGCGACGCCGCAGAGCGAAUCCAGCCGCAAUCGGCGUCAGUUUACGAAGGAACCGCCGAAGAACGGACACGGGUAAUGAUUGCGGAGGCGCAGGCGAGUUGGCCCGCCGACCUUCUACGGGCGCGUACAGCUCGCCAGUGUUAA